GUCAAAUUAAACACUACUACACCAAACGACGAAUCUAACUUCAGUUGCCUCCAAAGUCCAUACAGAGAGAUUGACAGUGUGUGAGAGCCUGAGACGAUGGCGAACCUGUUCCUGAAGCAGGCGAAGCAGUACGUGGCGACGCGGCCGGUGUACCCGCCGGAGCUCUUCGACUUCAUCGCCUCCAAGACCCCUCGCCGCGACAUGGCCUGGGACGUCGGCACCGGCAACGGCCAGGCCGCAGCAUCGCUAGCGACGCUGUACGAGGCCGUGGUGGGCACGGACACGAGCGCGCAGCAGCUCGCCUACGCGACGCGCCUCCCCAACGUCCGCUACGUCCACACCCCGCCGGACCUGCCGCUGGAGGGGAUCCACGCCACCGUCGCCGCGCCGGCGUCCGUGGACCUCAUCACCGUCGCGCAGGCCUUCCACUGGCUCGACCUCCCGCGCUUCUACGCGCAGGCGCGCUCCGUGCUGCGCCACGGCCACGGCGUGCUCGCCGCCUGGUGCUACACCGAGCCACGCAUCGACGCCGCCGUCGACGCCGUGUUCUGGCGCCUGUACCACGGGUCGGAGAACUACUGGGCGCCCAACCGCCGGAUGGUCGACGACGAGUACCGGAGCGCCGACUUCCCGUUCGACCCCGUCGAGGGGGAGACGCACACGGGGCCGUUCCAGUUCUCCACGCACCGGCGGAUGGACCUGGAUGACUACCUCAUGUACAUCACCUCAUGGUCCGCGUACCAGACGGCCAAGGAUAACGGCGUCGAGCUGCUCGACGAGGACACCGUGCAGGAGUUCGCCGCAGCAUGGGGCGGCGACGGCAAGGAGGUGAAGACCGUCACGUACCCCAUCUUCCUCAGGAUUGGCAAGGUAAGGUGAGGGCGCCACAAUAAUGAGAUGCACCCAAAACAAAAUUGUGGAUAUAUUUCCGACGAGCCGACGACGACGAAUGAUCGAUCAUCUAGGAAUCGAUGCUCAUAAACUUUUUAAAUAACGGUUUAUUUAUUUUAUUCAAUUUGCAAACGUUUGUUCACGAUUGUAUUUCAAAUUGUAAUGCAGUUUUCUGUUCGAUUUUUUGUUUAGUGUCUUCUUGAUAGUGUAAA